AUGCUACAUAAUAUGCCACUCCCUGCGUCCUAUGUACGUGUUGUUAUUGAUGUGUCGAAAGAUUUGAACUAUCCACUACCUAUUCCUACCGAAGAUGCAGGGAUUGUUAGAGAGGUGAUGGGUAGUUUUGUUGGAUGGCAAGUUAGUCAAGUUAGGAUGCCAAGUCCAAAAAAAAAACUAGCAAAGAUGCAUACUAAAAAGGCAGUCUCCCAUAAAGCUGUGCUUGAACAAGAGCCUCAAUUGCCAAGCCAACACAGAAAUUUACUCCAAGCAUAUGCAACGGUUCAUAGGUCUAAUCCUCCGAUCCUGCAAAUCCCAUUCGAGGCUAGUAUAUAUGGCGAAGACCCAUAUGAUAUGCUUUCGCUUGAUGUUGUUGAUGAAGUGCUUCAACAUGAUAUGACCAGUCUCACUGUUCUCAACUUCUACAUAUGGUAA